GUUGCUAAGCUAACCCAUGCAAUUUCGAUCUUCACCGAAGGCAUCCUCAUGAUGAAAACUACUUUAGUUGGUAUCAUCAAGGUGGACCCAAAACAGUUACUAGAGGAUGGAAUAAGGAAGGAGCUGGUAAAACGGGUAGCUCUAGCGCUUCACAGGGGACUCAUCUUUAAUCCUAGAUCCAAGCCGAGUGAACUGAUGCCCAAACUGAAAGAAAUGGCAGCUACAAUGGAUGGGUUCCAUCGAUCAUUUGAAUAUAUCCAGGAUUACGUCAACAUAUAUGGUUUAAAAAUUUGGCAAGAGGAAGUGUCUCGCAUUAUUAACUACAACGUGGAACAGGAGUGCAAUAACUUCCUAAGAACAAAGAUUCAAGACUGGCAAAGCAUAUAUCAGUCUACUCACAUUCCUAUACCAAAAUUCACCCCUGUGGAUGAAUCCGUGACAUUUAUUGGUCGGCUUUGUAGAGAAAUCCUGAGGAUCACAGACCCAAAAAUCACAUGUUACAUUGACCAGAUGAACACCUGGUAUGAUAUCAAAACUCAUCAGGAAGUAACCAGUAGUCGUCUCUUCACAGAGAUCCAAGAUACUUUAGGAACCUUUGGUCUCAAUGGUUUAGACAGGCUGCUGUGUUUCAUGAUUGUAAAGGAAUUGCAGAAUUUCCUCAGUAUGUUUCAGAAAAAUAUAUUGCGUGACAGGACAGUACAGGACACCUUAAAAGCGCUUAUGAACGCUGUCAGUCCUCUCAAAGGAAUUACAGCAAAUUCAAACAAGGUUUAUUCUGCAGCAAUUGCAAAAACUCAGAAGAUAUGGACAGCAUAUUUAGACUCCAUAAUGAAGGUUGGUCAGAUGCAGAUUUUAAGACGACAGAUUACCAAUGAGUUAAACUAUUCCUGCAGGUUUGACUCCAAGCAUUUGGCUGCUGCUUUGGAAAAUCUCAAUAG